UGCAUGUUGCCAUCUGUCUGUCCAAACUCCAGAGGCAACAUCCCUGGGAAGGGCUACAGCCUUCAAUAAAACUACAGUAGGGGAGUUCUUCGACAAUCUGGCUGUAGUGAUGGACAGGCACACAUUCCCUCCACACAUGAUUUACAAUGUAGAUGAAACCGGCGUCUUUACAGUUCAAAAGCCACGACAGGUUGUGACAGAGAAAGGAAAAAAGCAAGUUGGUUCUAUCACAUCAUCUGAGAGGGGAGAACUAGUGACUGUGGUGUGUGCAGUGAAUGCUGCUGGGAAUGCCAUACCUCCUAUGUUUGUCUUCCCCAGAGUUAGGUUUAAGGAUGACUUCCUGAUAGGAGCACCUCCAGGAGCCAAAGGUGCCUCCACCAGAACAGGAUGGAUGAAUGAAGACAAGUUCCGAUUAUGUGUCCAUGUCCUGUGA